GCCAGUCAGCCGCACCGCGGUUCCGGGUCAUAAAGUCUCAGCACCCGCCCCUGGUACCAGCUGCGACUCACAUUCUCUCCGGACGCCGAGGAUGGGGUUCGUCAUGCCCCGAACCCUCCUCCUGCUGCUGUCGGAGGCCCUGGCCGUGACCGAAACCUGGGCGGGCUCCCACUCCCUACGGUAUUUCUACACCGCGGUGUCCCGGCCCGGCCGCGGGGAGCCCCGCUUCAUCUCCGUGGGCUACGUGGACGACACGCAGUUUGUGCGGUUCGACAGCGACGCCCCAAAUCCCAGGGAAGAGCCGCGGGCGCCGUGGAUGGAGCAGGAGGGGCCGGAGUAUUGGGACUAGCAGACGCGGAUGGUCAAGGACCACGCACAGACUUUCCGACUGAGCCUGAACAACCUGCGCGGCUACUACAAUCAGAGCGCGUCCGAGUCGCACAGCCUCCAGAGAAUGUAUGGCUGUGACAUCGGUCCUGACGGCCGCCUCCUCCGCGGGUACAGUCAGGACGCCUACGACGGCGAGGAUUACAUCUCCCUGAACGAGGACCUGCGCUCCUGGACCGCGGCGGACACCGCGGCGCAGAUCACACGCCGCAAGUGGGAGGUGGCCGGUGAGGCGGAGCGCUGGAGGAACUACCUGGAGGGCACAUGCGUGGAGGGGCUCCCCAAAUACCUGGAGAUGGGGAAGGAGACGUUGCUGCGCGCAGAAUCUCCCGACACACAUGUGACCCGCCACCCCAUCUCUGACCAUGAGGUGACCCUGAGGUGCUGGGCCUUGGGCUUCUACCCUGCGGAGAUCACCCUGACCUGGCAGCGUGAUGGGCAGGACCACACCCAGGACGCAGAGCUUGUGGAGACCAGGCCUGCAGGAGAUGGGACCUUCCAGAAGUGGGUGGCUGUGGUGGUGCCUUCUGGAGAGGAGCAGAGAUACACAUGCCAUGUGCAGCACGAGGGGCUGCCCAAGCCCAUCACCUUGAGAUGGGAACCAUCCUCUCAGCCCUCCAUCCCCAUCCCGGGCAUCAUUGCUGCUGUGGUUGUCCUUGUGGUCACUGUGGUGGUUGGAGCUGUGAUCUGGAGGAAGAAGUGCUCAGGAGGAAAAGGACCAAGCUACUCUCACGCUGCACGUGAUGACAGCGCCUAGGGCUCUGAUUCGUUUCUAAUGGCUCCUAAAGGUAAGACUCUGGAGGGCCUGAAGCGAGGAGGGGUGGGGGCACUAAGGACACUUUGACAUGCGGAGGGCUGUUGAGAAAUUGUCUCUUAUGUGACUGACUUAAAUCUGUUAGUGAUUAAUUUUUUCCACAGUGUGAGACCCACUGCCUGUGGUGCACUGAGCGAUGCAGGUUCUGUUCACACCCCCACUUAGUGACAUCGAUAUCCCCUGACUUUCUGAGGAUGGUGUCAGAAUGUGUCUGCGUUCCCAUUAGCAUAUUGUGAGGACACAGGAGACUGCCCCCCCCCCCCCGCCCACCAUGACCCCUCCCCAUACUGAUUCCUGUUCCCUUUCUGAUCUGCUUUCUUAUUCCAGCAGAGGUAGGGCUGGACCGUCUCCAUCCCUGUCUUCAUUUCAUGUUGGGCAGAGUAUUGUUGCCUUACUUCCCCACUGAAAAUGAGAAUCCAGAUAUGAAUUGUGUUUUGUAAUUCUUGGCAUGUGGGGAUGAUGAGAUAAUAAAAGAGAGGACUUGUGAAGUUGAAGUAGAAAAGAAAUGAAAGCACUGAGAACCUUCAGAACCUGUGUUUUUGCUGUACUGAGUCUGGUGCAGGUGGGGACAGGAGAGAACUGUGAGGAGCCGAGCAGGGACAGGGCCUGUGUCCAGUUGGUGCUCAAGCACCAUUGGUGUGACGUGCUCACUCCUCAGCUGGGUCAUGUCUCUGCUCCUUGUCCUUGUCCCUUCUGUGGAUACUUGUCUCACCAGGACCUGUGAUCGUAGGGGCUUGGAUGUCACCUGUCACCAGGACCUUGGGCAGCAAAUGAUUCCUGUGACUGGGUCAGCCCAGGCUCCAUCCUGGGUUGAGCCCUCAGCCCCAUCUUUUGGGUGGUUUUUUUUUACCUUGUUUCUGUGGAGCAUCAGGCCUGUUCUUGCUCUUGUGUCCGAGUUCCUGUCUCAUUCUUCCCAGGUGACCACAGCAGUUACAUCACCAAGAGUCUUUUGGACUGACAUUCCCACAGACCUAGGUGUGCUCUGCACACAGGAGUCUCUGGGGUUUGGAGAGAUGAAUUUUCAGUCAUCCUUCCCUUCUCCUCCCUCUAGAGCUGUCUUCUGGAUUAUUCUUUAGAUUCUGGAGGUAGAGAGGAAUCCAAGAGUUUCUCAUCCUUUUUCAACUUCAGUUAGUUUCUACCUUCCCUGCCUCUCUAUGCCCUUUCCCUGCCCUUAGUUUAGUGAUGCUGGUGUGGCUCCCAUCCAAGUUCAUGGAUUUAUAAAGCAGGGUCUAAUGUAAACUUCUAUUUGGUUGUGGAGAAAAGGCCCACUAGAGCCUAAGUACAGUGUUUCUGAAGACAGAACUGUAAUUCUGUGCUGUGCUGUGCAGGGGAAACGCUGUGGGAGGGGGGAGCUGAGCAGAGAGAGGGAGGGAGGAGCAGCCCUGGGGAAAAGUAGAGGCACACUGAUGGUGAGGUGGGGGCACUUUGUGCGGGAGCUGCCACGGACCGGCUGUGCCUGAGGCUCAUCCAGAAGACAGAGGUCUUCUCCGCUGACCAAUUGUUCCACUGAUAAUGUCGUGUGUCACAUGCAGGACCCGCUAUUUUUUCAUCUAGGACACCUCAGUGACUAAGAAGAGGCAAACAUGCUGGUCUUGUGGAGAAUAUGUCCUAGGGGUGAGGGACAGACUCCACUUGACCCUGGAACAACGUGGGGACUGAGGGCAAUGACCCCAUUGUGCAGUCAGAAUUCCAAGUGUAACUUUCGACUCUCCUGAAACUUAACUACUACUACUAAUAACCUACUGUUGAUAAGAAGUCUUACUGAAAACAUGAACAGUCAUUUAACACAUAUUUUGUACAUUACAUGUAUAUGUACAUGUAUUCUUACAAUAAAUUAAGCUGGAGAAAAUAGAAAACAUAA